AUGCAGGGUGCCUGGACCGCUCGCAGGGCUGAGGAGAUUCAAGAGUACGCUGGCCGUAACGAAUGGAAAAACCUCUUCUACGCGACGAAAACUGUCUACGAUCCGCCGACGAAAGGAACUGCUCCUCUCCUCAGCGUCGACGGAAAUACCCUACUCACUGAAAAGACACAAAUUCUACAGCGAUGGGCCGAGCAUUUCCGAGGCGUCCUCAACCGCCCCUCCGUCAUCUCCGACGCCGCCAUCACCCGUUUGCUGCAAGUGGAGACCAACGUGGAUCUCGACCUCCCGUCUCUUCUCCAUGAAAAUAUAAGUGCUGUGCAACAGCUCUCCAGCGGGAAAGCACCCGGAUCGGACGUGAUCGCUGCUGAGGUCUACAAGUAUGGAGCCUGUGUCCGCCUCUUCGGGGAGCAAGACUCGCCAUCACCAUCAGCACCUACGCCUCCACAGUUACUAGCCCUGGCGAGGUGA